UGAGAAAAAAAAGAUCUCCCACGCAUGUCUUUGGACUGUCGAAGGAAACCCGAGUACCCAGAGGAAACCUGGGUUUCUUCAAUCACGGAGACAACAUGCAAAGUCCAUGUGUACAGAACUGAAGCAGGAAUCGGACCCUCGACCCUGGAGGCGCGAGGCCACAGUGCAUAACCGCUACCCCAUGGCCACCGGCUACCCAACCAGUGACUGAGCAAUCUUUGGAAAAAAGCAGUGUAUAUUUUUUAAGGUAGAUUUUCAACAUCCUCAAUAGAGUUGAAAAUGAGACUUUUCUUUUAAAUGCAACUUUGCUUUUCUGUCUUUCUAGAAAAAAAAAAGGUUCUACCUAAGAUUAAGCCAUUAUAUCAUGAUGCCAUGAACGGUUAUUCCUUUUUUUUCUUUUUAGGUGUAAAUGAGAUUAAGAUCUAUAGGUUGCACUGUGAGGCACUGUUUGAUAGUAGGCCUAUAGUUCUGCAGAUCGAGCUUCUAGUUUGUGGUCUAUUUUGCUAAGAUUCCUUGCAUUUUCUCAGUUCCAUUCAUCAUAGCCAGGAUGCAAUUUUUUUUUUUUUGAAGAAUAAUUAAAGGGAAAUGAUUCUGUGUCCCUUAUAUACACAUAUAUCUCGUUACUUAGAACCCUAUUUUUUUCUCUAAGUGUCUGUUGUGAACCUUGCUAAUUAACUAGAAGCAAUUCAAUGUAAUUUCAUGAACGCUUAAAGUUUUCAUAAGGAAUGUAAACCAUGCUCUGACAUCUGGCUGCUCAUUCGAGUGUGGUAGCCGGUAAGGGCUUUGGCUCGGUGUGUAUUAGCCAGCUAGCCAUCAUGAGUCGGGAAGAAAGCAGCCUGAGCUGAUAAAAACAAAAACAAAACAAUCUGGAAUAUUCUCCAUUGAAAACAAACUACCGCCGCUGUGUGGUUAAACUGUGCUCGGGGCCACGCUGGCAGGCAUGCGGAUCCGGCUGCAGAGGUCAGGCCAUGCGGCCCUGCUUCUGUCCGAGCUCAACCGCUUCCGUCUGUCACGGCUUCUCUGCGAUGUGGUUCUGCAGGUUGGAGGUCGAUCCUUCCCCGCCCACCGUGCAGUCCUUGCUUGUGCAAGUUCUCACUUUAGCAGCCUGUUAUCUAGAGGGCCGUAUGGCCAGAGUGCCACUCCUCCUACAUUCUCUUUGGACUUUAUCUCUGCAACCAACUUUGAGAAAGUGUUGACUUUUAUUUACACUGGUGAGAUCCUUACUGAUCUGAUAGAUGUCGGUGUGCUGUACGAGUUGGCAGAACGGCUAGGCAUCAGGGAGUUGGUGCGCGCUUGCCAUGCCACCUUCCCAGAUAUGAAAAGCUUAGAUGGAGAUGUUGAAACGGACAUGGCUCCUGCUACUGCCAUGGCUGCCUCUAUGUGCUCUUCAUCCGUGGCGUCCUGCUCUUCUCUGUCGUCUCCUGCUGCUCCCACUCCCGUAGCACCUUCUCCUCUCCCUCAAAACAGAGGAAACCGGUUAAACCGCCCUCAUGUGCUCCCCCUCUCACCUAAAGAGGAGGAUGGCUUUCAGCUACAUCUGAGCUAUAACCAGCUAGCGAACAACAAACAGAGCUCAUUGGAUAACCACCACUCUCCAGCUUCUGAGAUCCUCCCAGCUCUCAAUCUGCAGCUUAAAACUGAACAGGAGGAAGAGAAAGUAGAUGGGAACCAUAGCUCAGACGAACAAGCCAUGAUCAAUGGUAACAAACCAGUACUUACUGAAGUGUGUUCUGUUCCUGACUCAUCAGCACAGGCUGGAGGGGAAACCUGUGCACCAUCCUCAUUUUCUGGUGACCCUUUGGAUAGUCUGCAGCUUAGAGUGGUCGAAGGAGGUGUUGGACUUGGGGUCGGGUCAGUCAAAGAUGCCAUUUUGUUCGGGGAAGAAGAUGAUGCAGAAAAAAGGAGCCUCCAUGAUGGACCUUCAGAUGAUGGAGAGCAAUGGAAAGCCCUGGCCGGGGAUGUAAUCGAACUGAGUGACGAUGAAGAAAAUUACAUUGAGGAAGAGGAAGAUGAUGAAGACCUGAUGUGCAUAGAGAAUGGUGGAAGUGGCGCCCUGGUAAAUCACAGCCACUUGGCACCAUCCUCACAACCUUGUAAAACAUGUGGUGCAUUGUUGCAAGCAGAUAACAAUGUCUUACGCUCUCACGCAGAGACGCACCUGUCCGAAACAGGCAGCUGCCGGGUGUGUGGCGCUUCUUUCAAUGACCGAGCGUCCAGUGUGGCUCAUGCGCUAACGCACGUCGGCAUCCUGUUGUUUUCCUGCGAGAUAUGCGAGUUGCAGUUUUGUACCGAAAUUGAACUGAUCCGCCACAGGCGCCAGUCAGUGGCCCGAUGUGUCCCUCAAAUACCAGAGCAAUUUAACAGCGCCACUCAGGGGCCUGAAGGGGAGCUGCACUGUGCUUUGUGCACUAAAUCCAUUCCUAAGGAUUUAAAGGCUCUCAGGGAGCAUAUGCAGGGUCAUGUGUGUUUCCGGACAUUGCGGUGUGGUGUGUGUCAGUCAACUCAACCUACACGAUGUUCUUUUCUGUGGCACAUGCUUACACACCUCCUUGCCAUCCACUCGUGCCCACAGUGUGCCUGUCCCUUCCUGGAGCGGCCUCAACUCGACACCCACUUAGCCAUGCAUGUUGAACAAGGGGGAGCAUCCAAAGAGGAUGAAGGCAGUCAGGAGAGCAGUACAGAAGGACAGGGCGAGUUUCAGUGCUUCCUAUGUCCACAGACCUUUCCUUCAGAUGCAGCCUUUCAUUACCACCUAAGCACGCACCCUAGUGAGCCGCAAACCUGGUCUGCCAAGCGUAAGGCAGACCAGCCACUAGAGUUUUCUUCUUCCUCUUCCUCCCCACUGGAAUCAGGGGGCAUGAGCAAACACGGUGCCAUAGGCUUUAACAUGGGCACUUUUAUUCCAGACAAAAUGAUUCAAGCUGGUAUGCCGUUCCCUGCCGGACUUUUACAGAAUGGCAGCUCUUCCGGUUGCCCUCAAACGGGCACGGUUUUGAAACAGAAGUGGUACCGGUGCAGGUAUUGCGGCAAGCGUUUUGCACACUCCGGCGAAUUCACCUACCACCUCCGAAUCCACACAGGAGAGAAGCCGUACCAGUGCAAGGUGUGUCUGCGCUUUUUCCGUGGCCGCUCCACCAUGAUCUGCCACUUGAAGACGCACGCCGGUGCCCUGAUGUACCGCUGCACCGUGUGCGGCCUCUACUUCUCAACGCUGAAGAUGGUCUCGUCGCACAUGGAACUCCACAAGGACCACCUACCUCCUGACUUCAACAUUGAGGAAACGUUCAUGUACAACGACCACUCUAAAGAGCCGGUCCCUAACCUAGACACCUGAAAUUUUACAUUUUAAACUCAUGUGCCUCAGUACUUCCUAUCACCUGUGACCAUUGUUCAGGACCAAGUAGAAUUAGGAUGCUGUUAAAUGUUUUUAUGUGCUAGAGACAUAAGAUUGAAGUAGGUACUGUUAUUACAUUGCCACUUGGUGGCAGCAUUUCUUUAUUCUGAGGGCACACUGACUGUUCGCGUGGACGUGAGGUUUGAUGAUUAGUUUAGGAUUACCUCUUGAUAUUCUUCCUUCUACUCAUCGUGUAAUUAAUAUAAGCUAAAUGUAUAUAUUCUAGGGUUACAACAGCAUAUUGUAUCACCAGUAAAUACGGUAGUGUAAAAGGACAUUGUGGAAGAAAUCUAAGAAGGCAGGAUACAAGACUGUGCCAUGCUUUGUUGCCCUCAUACAGAGUGUUUUACUAGGUUAUUUAGUUUUAAUUCACUCGUUUUAGUAUGAUGUGUUUGAAUCCAGCACUAAGUGCACGUUUAUUAAUUACGUGUUGUGUAUUAAGACAGAAUCAAGGAUGGGGGAAAUUAAAAACAGCCACGUCCAUCAAAACUGAGAGGAAACAUAGAUUAAGAUAUAAAUCCUGUGCAGUCAGUAUAUUUAUAUACUGUCACCUUUUUUAUAAGCUAUCCAGUGUUCAUCUUUAUUAUAGCAUGUAUUUUACUGAAAACUGAGACAGCCAAGAUAAAUUGACAAUUUAACAGUUUGUGUAUCUUUGAAGCAGCAGGAAUAAGUAGCAUUAUUAAUGCCAUUUCUAACAUUACACACUGGUGACCUGAGGACCGAUGUAGUCUGCAAUGUCAGGACCAAGAACAAGUCCAGCAGUAAUAUCUCUUUGAGAAGUGUUAAAAAAAAAAAAAAGAAGAACCUAUCGCGGGCUAAUUCCACAACGUGUAAUAUAUAUUUUUUUUAAAUGUGUAAGCAGUACCUGAUCAUACAGUUUAAGAUCUAUAACUAUUUAUUUAUUUAUAGCUUUUUAUGUUGAUACAUUAUAUUUUGUAAGGGGUGUUUUCAUUAUAAAUACAAGCGUAUUACUUUGGUCUCGACCGUAUUUGUUUCAUAUGUGUUCUGAAUAAAAUCAAGAGGUUGUUACAGCAGUUUGAUGUGAUCUUUGCAUGCAAGCAUAACAUUUUCCACCGUCAAACAAGACAAGCGCAGUACAAGUGAACUAAGAACAAGAACACAGGUUCGAAAAGACCUUUUAUGCCAUGGGCGAUUUAAAUAUAAGAUAUUGUUUAAAAAGGAAAAAAAGGGGGGGGGGGGGGGGUAAGCUCAGAAAACAUUUCAGUAAUGAAAGUUAUUUAUUUUGUCCAGUGUAGAGACAUCAUCCUCUGCAAAUCUUUCACUGCUAGUCUUCAUUUUAUCUGUGGCAUGUUUGUCAGCAGCUUCCUGUGGGACCGUGAUGUAGGAGUUU